UUUUGGAAAGGUAAAAUCUUGAAAUCGGCCAAAAUCUUAAAUUCAGGAUUUUCGAAAGCUAAAAUAUUGAAAUCGGCCAAAAUCUUAAACUCAGGAUUUUGGAAAGGUAAAAUCUUGAAAUCGGCCAAAAUCUGGAAUUCAGCAUUUUGGAAAGGUAAGAUCUUGAAAUCGGCCAAAAAUCAAGAAUUGAUGAUUUUCGAAAGCUAACAUCUUGAAAUCGGCUAAAAUCUUAAAUUCAGGAUUUCGGAAAGCUAAGAUUUUGAAAUCGCACAAAAUCUUGAAUUCAGGAUUUUGGAAAGCUAAAAUCUUGAAAUCGGCCAAAAUCUUGAAUUCAAGGUUUUUCCUAAGCUAAAAUUAUGAACUCGGCCAAAAUCUUGAAUUCAGGAUUUUUGAAAGCUAAAAUCUUGAAAUCGGCCAAAAUCUUGAAUUCAGGAUUUUCGAAAGCUAAAAUCCUGAAAUCGGCCAAAAUAUUGAAUUUAUGAUUCUGGAAAGCUAAUCUCAUGAACUCGGCCAAAAUCUUGAAUUCAGGAUAUUCGAAAGCUACAAUCUUGAAAUCGGCCGAAAUCUUGAAUUAAGGAUUUUGGAAAGCUAAAAUCUUUAAAUCGGCGAAAAUCUUGAAUUCAGGAUAUUGGAAAGCUUAAGUCUUGAAAUAGGCCAAAAUCUCGAAUUAACGAUUUUGGAAAGCUAAAAUCUUGAAAUCGGCCAAAAAUUGUGAAUUAAGGAUUUUGGGAAGCUAAAAUAAUGAACUCGGCCAAGAUCUUGAAUUCAGGAUUUUGAAAAGCUAAAAUCUUGAAAUCGGCUAAAAUGUUGAAUUCAGGAUUCUGGAAAGCUAAACUCAUGAACUCGGCCAAAAUCUUGAAUUCAGGAUUUUGGAAAGCUACAAUCUUGGAAUCGGCCAAAAUCUUGAAUUCAGGAUUUUGGAAAGCUAGCAUUUUGAAAUCGCACAAAAUCAUGAAUUCAGGAUUUUCGAAAGCGAAAAUCUUGAAAUCGGCCAAAAUCAUGAAUUCAGGUUUUUGGAAAGCUAAAAUCGUGAAAUCGGCCAAAAUCUUGAAUUCAGGAUUUUGGAAAGCUAAAAUCUUGAAAUCGGCCAAAAUGUUAACUUCAUGAUUUUGGAAAGCUAAGAUUUUGAAAUCGGCCAAAAUCUGGAAUUCAGCAUUUUGGAAAGCUAAAAACUUGAAAUCGCCAAAAAUGUUAAAUUCAGGAUUUUGGAAAGCUAAAAUCUGGAAAUCGGGCAAAAUCUGGAAUUCAGCAUUUUGGAAUGGUAAAAACUUGAAAUCGGCCAAUAUCUUGAAUUCAGGAUUUUGGAAAGCUAAAAUCUUAAAACCGGUUAAAAUCUUGAAUUCAGGAUUUUGGAAAGCGAAAAUCUUGAAAACAGCAAAAAUCUUGAAUUCAGGAUUUUGAAAAGCUUAAAUCUUGAAAUCGGGAAAAAUCUGGAAUUCAGGAUUUUAUAAAGCUGAAAUCGUGAAAUCGGCCAAAAUCUGGAAUUUCUGCAUUAUGGAAAGGUAAAAUCUUCAAAUCGGCCUAAAUCUGGAAUUGAGGAUUUUGGAAAGCUAAACUCUUGAAAUCGGCCAAAAUCGUGAAUUCAGGAUUUUGGAAAGCUAAAAUCUUGUAAUCGGCCAAAAUCUUGAAUUCAGGAUUUUGGAAAGCUAAAAUCUUGAAAUCGGUUAAAAUCUGGAAUUAAGCAUUUUGGAAAGGUAAAAUCUUGAAAUCGGCCAAAGUCUUGAAUUUAAGAUUUUGGAAAGCUAAAAUCUUGAAAUCGGCCAAAAUCUUCAAUUCAGGAUUUUCAAAAGCUAAAACUUGAAAUCGGCCAGAAUCUUGAAUUCAGGAUUUGGAAAAGCUAAAAUACUGAAAUCGGCCAAACUCUUGAAUUCAGGAUUUUGGAAAGCAAAAAUCUCUAAAUCGGUAAUAAUCUGGAAUUCAGCAUUUUGGAAAGGUAAGACCUUGAAAUCGGCCAAAAUCUUGUUUUCAGGAUUUUGGAAAGCUAAGAUUUUGAAAUCGCACAAAAUCUUCAAUUGCAGAUUUUCGAAAGUUAGGAUCUUGAAAUGGGCUAAAUCUUGAAUUCAGGAUUUCGGAAAGCUAAAAUCUUGAAAUCGGCCAAAAUCUUGCAUUUAGGAUUUUGGAAACCUAAAGUCUUGAGAACGGCCAAAAUCUUGAACUCAGGAUUUUGGGAAACUAAGAUUUUGAAAUCAGCCAAAAUCUGGAAUUCAGCAUUUUGGAAAGGUAAAAUCUUGAACUCUGGAUUUUGGAAAGCUAAAAUCUUGAAAUCGGCCAAAAUUUUGAAUUUAGGAUUUUGGAAAGCUUAGAUCCCUAAAACGGCUAAAAUCUAGAAUUCAGCAUUUUGGAAAGGUAAAAUCUUGAAAUCGGUAAAAAUCUUAAAUUCAGGAUUUUCGAAAACUAAAACAUUGAAAUUGGCCAAGAUGUUCAAUUAAGGAUUUUGGAAAGCCAAAAUCUUGAAAUCGGCCAAAAUCUUAAACUCAGGAUUUUGAAAAGGUAAAAUCUUGAAAUCAGCCAAAAUCUGGAAUUCAGCAUUUUGGAAAGGUAAGAUCUUGAAAUCGGCCAAAAUCAAGAAUUGAUGAUUUUCGAAAGCUAAAAUCUUGAAAUCGGCCAAAAUCUUAAAUUCAGGAGUUCGGAAAGCUAAGAUUUUGAAAUCGCACGAAAUCUUGAAUUCCGGAUUUUCGAAAGCUAGGAUCCUGAAAUGGGCAAAUUCUCGAAUUGAGGAUUUUGGAAAGCUCAAAUCUUGAAAUCGGCCAAAAUCUUGAAUUCAGGAUUUUGGAAAGCUAAAAUCUUGAAAUCGGUUAAAAUCUGGAAUUAAGCAUUUUGGAAAGGUAAAAUCUUGAAAUCGGCCAAAGUCUUGAAUUUAAGAUUUUGGAAAGCUAAAAUCUUGAAAUCGGCCAAAAUCUUCAAUUCAAGAUUUUGAAAAGCCAAAACUUGAAAUCGGCCAGAAUCUUGAAUUCUGGAUUUUGAAAAGCUAAAAUACUGAAAUCGGCCAAACUCUUGAAUUCAGGAUUUUGGAAAGCAAAAAUCUCUAAAUCGGUAAUAGUCUGGAAUUCAGCAUUUUGGAAAGGUAAGACCUUGAAAUCGGCCAAAAUCUGCAAUUGAGGAUUUUGGAAGGCUAAAAUCUUGAAAUUCGCCAAAAUCUUGAAAUCAGGAUUUUGGAAAGCUAAAAUCUUGAACUCGGCCAAAAGCCUUAAUUCAACAUUUUUGGAAAGCUAAAACCUUGAAAUCGUCCAAAUCUGGAAUUCAGGAUUUUGGAAAGCUAAAACCUUGAAAUCGGCCAAAAUCUUGAAUUCAGGUUUUUCGAAAGCUAAAAUCUUGAAAUCGGCCAAAAUCUUCAAUUAAACAUUUUUGGAAACUUAAAAUCUUGAACUCGGCCAAAUAUGGAAUUCAGGAUUUUGGAAAGCUAAAACCUUGAUAUCGGCCAAAACCUUGAAUUCAGGAUUUUGGAACGCUAAGAUCUUGAAAUGGGCAAAAUGUUGAAUUCUGGAUUUCGAAAAACUAAAAUCUUCAAAUCGGCUAAUAUCUGGAAUUCAGCAUUUUGGAAAGGUACAAUCUUAAAAUCGGCAAAAAACUGGAAUUGAGGAUUUUAGAAAGCUAAAAUCUUAAAAUCCGCGAAAAUCUUGAAUUCAGGAUUUUGGAAAGCUGAGAUUUUGAAAUCGCACAAAAUCUUCAAUUGCGGAUUUUCGAAAGCUAGGAUCUUGAAAUGGGCAAAAUCUUGAAUUCUGGAUUUUGGAAAGCUAAAAUCUUGAACUCGGCGAAAAUCUUGAAUUCAGGAUUUUGGAAAGCUAAAAUCUUGAAAUCGGCCAAACUCUUGAAUUCAGGAUUUUGGAAAGCUAAGAUUUUGAAAUCGGUAAAAAUCUUUAAUUCAGGAUUUUGGAAAGGUAAAAUCUUAAAAUCGGCCAAAAUCUGCAAUUGAGGAUUUUGGAAAGCUAAAAUCUUGAAAUUGGCCAAAAUCUUGAAUUCAGCAUUUUGGAAAGGUAAAAUCUUGAAAUCGGCCCAAAUCUGCAAUUGAUUAUUUUAGAAAGCUAAAAUCUUGAUAUCGGCCAAAAUCUUGAAUUCAGGAUUUUGGAACGCUAAGAUCUUGAAAACGGCCAAAAUCUUGAAUUCAGGAUUUUCGAAAGCUAAAAUCUUGAAAUCGGCCAAAAUCUUGAAUUCAGGAUUUUGGAAAGCUUAAAACCUUAAAUCGACCAAAAUCUUGAAUUCAGGAUUUUGGAAAGCUAAAAUCUUGAAAUCGGCGGAAAUGUUAAAUUCAGGAUUUUGGAAAGCUAAAAUCUUGAAUUCGGCGAAACUCUUGAAUUCAGGAUUUUGGAGAGCUAAGAUCUUGAAAACGGCCCAAAACUUGAAUUCAGAAUUUUUGAAAGCUAAAAUCUUUAAAUCGGCCAAAAUCUUGAACUCACGAUUUUAUAAAGCUAAAAUCUUAUAAUGGGCCAAAAUCUUGACUUCAGGAUUUUGGAAAGCUAAAAUCUUGAAAACGGCAAAAUCCUGAAUUCAAGAUUUUGGUAAACUAAAAUCUUUAAAUUGGCCAAAAUCUGGAAUUCACGAUUUUGGGAAGCUAAAAUCUUGAAAUCAUCCAAAAUCUUGUAUUCAGGAUAUUGGAAAGCUUAAAUCUUUAAAUCGGCCAAAAUCUGGAAUUCAGGAUUUUGGAAACCUAAAAUCUUAAAAUCGGCCAAAAUCUCGAGGUCACGAUUUUAUAAAGCUAAAAUCUUGAAAUCGGCCAAAAUCUUGAAUUCAGGAUUAUGGAAAGCUAAAAUCUUGAAGUCGGCCAAAAUCUUCAAUUCAGGAUUUUGGAAAGCUAUAAUCUUGAAAUCGGCCAAAAUCUGGAAUUAGGGAUUUUAUAAAGCUAAAAUCUUGAAUUGGACCAAACUCUUGAAUUCUGGAUUAUGAAAGAUGAAAUAUGGAAAUGGGCCAUAAUCUUGAAUUCAGGAUUUUGAAAGCUAAAAUCUUGAAUUCAGCGAGAACUUGAAUUCAGGAUUUUGGAAAGAUAAAAUCUUAAAAUCGGCCAAAAUCUUGAAUUCUGUUUAUGGAAAGCUAAGACCUUGAAAGAUCGGCCAAAAUCUUGAAUUCAGGAUUUUGGAAAGCAAAUAUCUCGAACUUGGCCUAAAUCUUGAAUUCAGGAUUUUGGAAAGCUAAAACCUUGAAAAAUCGGCCAAAAUCUGGAAGUCAGGAUUUUACAAAGCUAAAAUCUUAAAAUCAACCAAAAUCAUGAAUUCAGGAUUAUGGAAAGCUAAAAUCUUGAACUCGGCCAAAAUCUUGAAUUUAGGAUUUUUUAAAGCUAAAAUCUAGAAAUCGGCUAAAAUCUUGAAUUCAGGAUUUUGUAAAGCUAAAAUCUUGAAAUCCGCCAAAAUCUUCCAUUUAGAAUUUUGAAAAAAAGAAAUCUUAUAAUGGGCCAAAAUCUAGAAUUAAGGACUUUAAAAAGCUAUAAUCUUGAAUUCAGGAUUCUGGAAAGCUAAAAUCUUCAAACCGACCAAAAUCUUGAAUUCAGGAUUUUGGAAAGCUUAAAGCUUGAAAUCGGCCAAAAUCUUGAAUUCAUGAUUUUUGAAAGCUAAAAUCUUGAAAACGGGCAAAAUCUUGAAUUCAGGAUUUUGGAAUGCUAAAAUCUUUAAAUCGGACAAAAUCUUAAAUUCAGGCUUAUGGAAAGCUAAAAUCUUGAAAUCGGUUAAAAUGUUAAAUUUAAGAUUUUGGAAAGCUAAAAUCUUGAACUCGGUCAAAAUCUUAAAUUCAGGAUUUCGGAAACCUAGAAACUUGAAAUCGGCCAAAAUCUUGAAUUCACGAUUUUGGAAAGCUAAAACCCUGAAAUCGCCCAAAAUCUUCAAUUCAGGGUUAUGGAAAGCUAAAAUCUUGAAAUCGGUUAAAAUGGUUAAUUUAAGAUUUUGGAAAGCUAAAAUCUUGAAUUCAGGAUUUUGAAAAGCUAAAAUCUUCAGAUCGGCAAAAAUCUGGAACUGAGUUUUUUAUAAAGCUAAAAUCUGAUAAUGGGCCAAAAUCUUGAAUUUCGGAUUUUGGAAAGCUAAAAUCUUGAAAACGGCAAAAAUCUGGUAUUCGCGAUUUUGGAAAGCUAAAUUCUUGAAUUCAGGAUUUUGGAAAGGAAAAAUCUUAAAAUCGGCCAAAAUCUGGAAUUCAGGAUUUUGGAAACCUAAAAUCUUAAAAUCGGCCAAAAUCUCGAAGUAAAGAUUUUAUAAAGCCAAAAUCUUAAAAUCGGCCAAAAUCUUGAAUUCCGGAUUUUGGAAAGCAAAAAUCUUGAACUUGGCCUAAAUCUUGAAUUCAGGAUUUUGGAAAGCUAAAACCUUGAAAUCGGCCAAAAUCUGGAAGUCAGGAUUUUAUAAAGCUAAAAUCUUAAAAUCGGCGAAAAUCUUCAAUUCAGGAUUAUGGAAAGCUAAAAUCUUGAAAUUGGCCAAAAUCUUGAAUUUAGGAUUUUUUAAAGCUAAAAUCUAGAAAUCGGCCAAAAUCUUGAAUUCAGGAUUUUCGAAAGCUAAAAUCUUCAUAUCGGCCAAAAUCUUGAAUUCAGGAUUUUGUAAAGCUAAAAUCCUUAAAUCGGCCAAAAUCUUCCAUUUAGGAUUUUGAAAAACAGAAAUCUUAUAAUGGGCCAAAAUCUAGAAUGAAGCACUUCAAAAAGCUAUAAUCUUGAAUUCAGGAUUCUGGAAAGCUAAAAUCUUCAAAUCGACCAAAAUCUUGAAUUCAGGAUUUUGGAAAGCUUAAAGCUUGAAAUCGGUCAAAAUCUUUAAUUCAUGAUUUUAGAAAGGAAAAAUCUUGAAAUCGGUCAAAAUUUUGUAUUCUGGAUUUUGGAAAGCUAUUAUCUUAAACUCGACCAAAAUCUGGAAUUCAGGAAUUUGGAAAGCUAAAAUCUUAAAAUCAGCCAAAAUCUUGAAUUCAGGAUCUUAGAAAGCUAAAAUCUUUAAAUCGGACAAAAUCUUGAUUUCAGGAUUAUGGAAACCUAAAAUCUUGAAAUCGGUUAAAAUGUUAAAUUUAAGAUUUUGGAAAGCUAAAAUCUUGAACUCGGUCAAAAUCUUAAAGUCAGGAUUUCGGAAACCUAAAAACUUGAAAUCGGCCAAAAUCUUGAAUUCACGAUUUUGGAAAGCUAAAACCCUGAAAUCGCCCAAAAUCUUCAAUUCAGGGUUAUGGAAAACUUAAAUCUAGAAAUCGGCAAAAUCUUGAAUUGAAGAUUUAGCAAAGCUUAAAACUUGAAAUCGGCCAAAAUCUUGAAUUCAGCAUUACGGAAAGCUAAAAUCUUAAAAUUGGCCAAAAUCUUGAAUUCAGCAUUUUGGAAAGCUUAAUCUAGAAAUCGGCCAAAAUCUUGAAUACAGGAUUUUUGAAAGCUAAAAUCUUGAAAACGGGAAAAAUCUUGAAUUCAGGAUUUUUGAAAGCUAAAAUCUUGAAAACGGGCAAAAUCUUAAAUUCAGGAUUUUGGAAAGCUAAAAUCUUGAAAUCGGCCAAACUCUUGAAUUCAGGAUUAUCGAAAGCUAAAAUUUUGAAAUCGGUUAAAAUGUUCAAUUUAAAAUUUUGGAAAGCUAAAAUCUUGAAAACGGGCAAAAUCUUAAAUUCAGGAUUUUUAAAAGCUAAAAUCUUAAAAUCGGCCAACAUCUCGAAUUUAGAAUUUUGCAAUGCUAAAAUCUUGAAAUUGGCUAAAAUCUUGAAUUCAGGAUUUUUGAAAGCUAAAACCUUGAAAUAGGCCAAAAUGUGGAAUUUUGGAUUUUGGAAAGCUAAAAUCUUAAAAUCGGCCAAAAUCUUGAAUUCAGGAUUUUGGAAAGCUAAAAUCUUGAAAUCGGCCAAACUCUUGAAUUCAGGAUUAUCGAAAGCUUAAAUUUUGAAAUCGGUUAAAAUGUUCAAUUUAAAAUUUUGGAAAGCUAAAAUCUUGAACUCGGCCAAAAUAUUGAAUUCAGGAUUUCGGAAAGCUAAAAGCUUGAAAUGGGCAAACAUCUUGUAUUCACGAUUUUGCAAAGCUAAAAUCUUGAAAUCGCCCAAAAUCUUGAAUUCAGGAAUAUGGAAACCUAAAAUCUUGAAAUCGGUUACAAUGCUGAAUUUAAGAUAUUGGAAAGCUAGAAUCUGAAACGCGGCGAAAAUUUUGAAUUCAGGAUUUUGGAAAGCUAAGAUCUAGAAAUCGGGAAAAUCUGGAAUUGAGGAUUUUGGAAAGCUAAAAUCUUGAACUCGGCCAAAAUCUUCAAUUCAGGAUUUUGGAAAGCUUAAAUCUUAAAAUCUGCCAAAAUCUUGAAUUCUGGAUUAUGGAAAGCUAGAAUAUGGAAAUGGGCCUAAAUCUUGAAUUCAGGAUUUUAUAAAGCUAAAAUCUUAAAAUCAACCAAAAUCCUGAAUUGAGGAUUAUGGAAAGCUGAAAUCUUGAAAUCGCCCAAAAUCUUGAAUUCAGGAUUAUGGAAAGCUAAAAUGUUGAAAUCGUUUAAAAUGCUGAAUUUAAGAUUUGUGAAAGCUAAGAUCUUGAACUCGGCCGAAAUCUUGAAAUCAGGAUUGUGGAAAGCUAAAAUCUUCAAAUCGGUUAACUUCUGGUACUCAGGAUUUUAUCAAGCUAAAAUCUUAUAAUGGGCCAAAAUCUUGAAUUCAGGAAUAUGGAAAGCUAAAAUCUUGAAAUCGGUUAAAAUGGUGAAUUUAAGAUUUUGGAAAGCUAAAAUCUUGAACUCGGAAAAAAUCUUGAAUUCAGCAUUUUGGAAAGCUAAAAUCUUCAAAUCGGCCUAAAGCUGGAACUCAGGAUUUUAUAAAGCUAAAAUCUUAUAAUGGGCCAAAAUCUUAAAUUCAUUAUUUUGGAAAGCUAAAAUCUUAAAAACGGCAAAAUCUAGAAUUCAAGAUUUUGGAAAGCUAAAACCUUAAAAUUGGCCAAAAUCAGGAAUUCAGUAUUUUGCAAACCUAAAAUCUUAAAAUCUUCAAAAAUCUCGAAGUCAAAAUUUUAUAAAGCUAAAAUCUUGUAAUCGGCCAAAAUCUUAAAUUCAUGAUUAUGGAAAGCUAAAAUCUUCAAUUCAGGAUUUUGGAAAGCUAAAAUCUUGAAAUCGCCAAAAAUCUUCAACUCAAAAUUUUCGAACGCUAAAAUCUUGAACUCGGGAAAAAUCUUGAAUUCAGGAUUUUGGAAAGCUAAAAUCUAGAAAUCGACCAAAACCUUGAUUUCAGGAUUUUGGAAAGCUAAGAUUUUGAAAUCGCUCAAAAUCUUGAAUUCAAGAUUUUGGAAAGCUAAAAUCUUAAAAUCUGCCAAAAUUUUGAAUGCAGGAUUUUGAAAAGCUAAGAUAUUGAAAUGGGCCAAUAUCUUGAAUUCAGGAAUUUAAACAGAUAAAAUCUUGAAAUGAGCCAAAAUUUUGAAUACCGGAUUUUCCAAAGCUAAAAACUUGAAAUGGGCCAAAAUCUGGAAUUCAGGAUUUUGGAAAGCUAAAAUCUAGAAAUCGGCAAAAUCUUGAUAUGAGGAUUUAGGAAAGCUAAAAUCUUGAAUUCAGCAUUACGGAAAGGUAAAAUCUUGAAUUCAGGAUUUUGGAAAGCUAAAAUCUUGAAAUCGGCCAAAAUCUUGAAUUCAUGCUUUUGGAAAGCAAAAAUCUUGAAAUCGGCCAAAAUCUUGAAUUCAGGAUUUUGGAAAGCUGAAAUCUUGAACUCGACCAAAAUCUUCAAUUCAGGAUUUUGGAAAGCUAAAAUCUUGAGAUCGGGCAAAAUCUGGAAUUGAGAAUUUUAUAAAGCUAAAAUCUUGAAAUGGUCCAAAACCUUCAAUUUAGUAUUUUGGAAAGCUAAAAUCUUGAAAUCGGCCAAACUCUUGAAUUCAGGAUUUUGGAUAGCCAAAAUCUAGAAAUGGGCCUAAACUUUAAAUUCAGGAUUUUGCAAAGCUACGAUCUUGAAAUGGGCCAAAAUAUGGAAUUCAGGAUUUUAAAAGCUAAUGUCUCUAAAACGGCCAACAUCUUGAAUUUAGAAUUUUGCAAUGCCAAAAUCUUGAAAUUGGCUAAAAUCUUGAAUUCAGGAUUUUGGAUAGCUAAAAUCUUGAAAUCGGACAAAAUCUUGUAUUCAGGAUUUUGGAAAGCUAAAAUCUUGAAAUCGGCCAAAAUCUGGAAUUUUGGAUUUUGGAAAGCUAAAAUCUUAAAAUCGGCCAAAAUCUUGAAUUCAGGAUUUUGGAAAGCUAAAAUCUUAAAAUUGACCAAAAUGAGGAAUUCACGAUUUUGGAAACCCAAAAUCUUAAAAUCGGCAAAAAUCUCGAAGUCAGGAUUUUAUCAAGCUAAAUUCUUGAAAUCGCCCAAAAUCUUCAAUUCAAAAUAUUGGAACGCUAAAAUCUUGAACUCGGGAAAAAUCUUGAAUUCAGGAUUUUGCAAAGCUAAAAUCUUGAAAUCAGCCAAAAUUUUGAAUGCAGCAUUUUCAAAAGCUAAGAUAUUGAAAUGGGCCAAGAUCUUGAAUUCAGGAAUUUGGAAAGCUAAAAUCUUGAAAUCAGCCAAAAUUUGGAAUUCAGGAUUUUGGAAAGCUAAGAUCUUGAAAUGGGCAAAAACCUGGAAUUCUGGAUUUUGGAAACCUAAACUCUUGAAAUCGGCCAAAAUCUUGAAUUCAGCAUUACGGAAAGCUAAAAUCUUGAUAUCGGCCAAAAUCUUGAAUUCAGGAUUUUGGAAAGCUAAAAUCUUGAAGUCGGCCAAAAUCUUGAAUUCAGGCUUUUGGAAAGCAAAAAUGUUGAAAUCGACCAAAAUCUUGAAUUCAGGGUUUUGCAAAGCUAAAAUCUUGAACUCGGCCAAAAUCUUCAAUUCAGGAUUUUGGAAAGCUAAAAUCUUGAGAUCGGGCAAAAUCUGGAAUUGA